AUUCCAUCGACAACAAAAUACUUAGAUUUAAUAAUUAAUAAACCAAUAUCACUUAACUUUAUUCCAUCAUCAGUAGAAUAUCUCACACUAUCAUCUUAUAACCACCCAACAUUUCCAAACGAUAUACCACCAACUGUAAAAUGUUUAUCGAUGCCCUUAUUUAAUCAUCCAAUACCUGUUGACUCAAUCCCUAAUACACUUGAAGCCCUCCUCCUUGACUCUCAUAAUCAUCCAAUUAUUGAAAACUCAAUACCUGAAUCAAUCAAAGUUCUUUAUCUGUACUCAAAUACACAUGAUUUCGAAGAAUCAUCUAUUCCAGACUCAGUGGAGGCUCUUAUUUUGGGUGAUGAUCUUUCAUACCUCAAAGAACAAAUUUUUAUUCCAUCUACAACAAAAUACUUAAAUUUAAUAAUUGAUCAACCAAUAUCACUCCACCCUAUUCCAUCAUCAGUAAAAUGUAUCUCACUUUCAUCUUAUAACCACCCAACAUUUCCAAACGGAAUACCACCAACUGUAAAAUGUUUAUCGAUGCCUCAUUUUAAUCAUCCAAUACCUGUUGAUUCAAUUCCCCAUACACUUGAAGCCCUCUACCUUGACUCCCAUAAUCAUCCAAUUAUUGAAAACUCAAUACCCAAAUCAAUCAAAGUUCUUUCCCUGGAAUCAAAUACACAUGAUUUCGAAGAAUCGUCAAUUCCAGACUCAGUCGAGGCUCUUUUUUUGGGUGAUAAUUUUAAUCUUGAAGAAAAUGGAGACAAAAUUCCUUCUAAAAAUAUUUCAAAAUUUUCCAAAUACUAUUUCUCGCUUUUAUAUAGAUUAAUUGGUUUGGAAGAACAAUGUGAACAAAUUAUUAAAUUUUAUGGAUAUGGCUUUGGUGUAGAUCAAAAUAAUAAUGAUAAUGGUUUACUUUAUAUAUAUAUGGAAUAUCUAGAAGGCUAUAAAUCAAUAGAUAAAGUAUUAGGGAAAUAUGGAGACAUAGGACUUCCUGAUUUUAUAAUACUUCAUUUUCUAUCUGAGUGUCAUAAGGGGCUAGAUUUUCUUCACAGAAAUAAUAUUAUUCACAGAGAUUUUAAAUGCGGAAACAUAAUAUUUAACUCAUUCAAUGUUAAAAUAAUUGAUUUUGGUAUUUCAAAAUAUACAGAUUAUAAAGCAUCAAAAACCCGAGGAACAAUAACACACAUGUCACCCGAAACAAAAAAUGGUAAAGUUACUUUUGGUUCUGAUUUUUGGAGUCUAGGUUGUACAGCUAUUGAAAUGGGCGGUGGUGACUUAGCCUUAGAUGAAAAUAAUGUACCAAAAAUCCCUAAACAUUUUUCAAAACGUCUUAAAUUAGUGACUAGGCUUCAUUUAAUUAAAGAUCCAUUUUAUAGAGGGAUAGUUUAUUUUAAUAAUUAUAGUAACAUGACCAAAAAACUCAUGGAGGGAAUAAGUGAUCAAAUAAAAUCUGGCAUAUCAACAAUCAUUGAUCUUUCAAACCCCGAAAAACAAACCUCUAUCCCAUCGACAAUAAAAUACUUAGGUUUAAUAAUUGAUGAACCAAUAUCAUUCCACUUUAUUCCAUCAUCAGUAGAAUAUCUCACACUAUUAUCUUAUAACCACCCAACAUUUCCAAACGGAAUACCACACACUGUAAAAUGUUUAUCGAUGCCUCUAUUUAAUCAUCCAAUACCUGUUGACUCGGUUCCUUGUACACUUGAAGGACUCCUCCUUGACUCACAUAAUCAUCCAAUUAUAGAAAACUCAAUACCCAAAUCAAUCAAAUCUCUUUCUUUGGGUGAUAAUUUUAAUCUUUUAAAAUAUGGGGGCUCUAUUCCUUCAUCAAUAAAAGUCUUUAGAUGCGGAUAUAAUUUUAAAUCACCAUUAAAAAGAAAUAAUCAUAUUACAAAAAAUAUUCAAAUACUAUUCCUACCAAAUUACAACCAACCCAUAGUCGAAGAUAGUAUUCCAUCCAGUGUUUUUUUUUUAGAGUUAGGUUCAAAAUUUACACAUUUUGAGUCAUUAAAAAAUCUACCCAAAUCCAUUAUUUUUCUUCAUAUUGGAAUAGAAGAUAACAGAGAUAAAGUUAAAAUAAAAAAAAAUGUUCCUCUAGAAGAAGUAGAAUUAGAACCCAAUGUUAAUGAACGAGUUGAUUUUGGGAUGCAUUCUUUAACAAUGGGAUGUGAUAACCUCCCAAAACAUAUAGAUAGUGAGUGGUUAAUUGACCAAUCCAAUCCAUUAGGUAAAGGAUCAUUUAGUGAAGGAGUUUAUAAAGCAAAAAAAUUAGAUGGUAAAAUAAAUGAUAAACAAUUACCAAAUAAUGGUGAUUGUGUAAUUAAAAUAAUAGAUACAAAAAAGUUUGAAAAAAUUGCCAAAAGAGAACUAGAAAUAAUAGAUAUAUUAAUUGGUUUAGAAACACAAUGUGAAGAAAUUAUAAAGUUUUAUGGGUAUGGCUUUGGUGUAGAUCAAAAUAACAAUGAUAAUGGUUUACUUUAUAUAUAUAUGGAAUAUCUAGAAGGAUAUGAAUCAAUGGAUAAAGAAUUAAAGAAAAUAGGAAAUCAAAGAUUUCCUGAACAUUUGAUAUUAAAUAUUGUGAAUCAGUGUGAACAUGGUUUAAAUUUUCUUCACAAAAAUAAAAUAAUUCAUAGAGAUAUUAAAUGCCAAAACAUUUUAGUUAACCUCGAUUUUAAAAUUAAAAUAAUUGAUUUUGGUAUUUCAAAAUUUACAGAAUAUAAAGCAUCAACAUUUGCAGGAACACCGACACACAUGUCACCUGAAGCAAGAAAUGGUAAAACAAUUUUUAAACAAACUCCUAUUCCAUCGACAAUAAGAUACUUAGAUUUAAUUAUUGAUAAACCAAUAUCACUUCACUUUAUUCCAUCAUCAGUAGAAUAUCUCACACUAUCAUCUUAUAACCACCCAACAUUUCCAAAUGGAAUUCCAUCCACUAUAAAAAUUUUAAGUAUGCCUCUAUUUAAUCAUCCAAUACCUGUUGACGCAAUUCCUCAGUCAGUGGAGGCUCUUUGGUUAGGUGAUGGUUUUAAUCUUUUAAAUCAUGGUGACAAAAUUCCUUCAUCAAUAAAAGUCUUAAUGUCCAAUUAUAAUUUCCAAUCACCAUUAAAAAGAAAUAAUCAUAUUCCAAAAAAUGUUCAAAUACUAAUUCUACUAAAUUACAACCAACCAAUAAUUAAAGAAAGUAUUCCAUCUGGCCUUAUUAUUUUGAGGUUAGGUAAAAAAUUUACACAUUUCGAAUCAUUACAAAAUUUACCAAAAUCCAUUUUAAUUCUUCAUAUUGGUAUAGAAGAUAUCAAAGAUAAAGAUAAAAUAUUACAAAAUGCACCAAAGAAUAUUUUUUGCUUUUUUAUCAAUGGUGAAUCUACAAAUAAAUAA